AUGGGCCCUCUUCCUGACCAAGAGACCUUCCUUAUUCGACAAGUAGGAGUCUGUUUGAGAAGCGACCCGGCGCCGUCCGGAUCGUGCUCGCUCUGCAAAAAGUCUUACCUUGAUCGAAAGCUGCGAACUAUUCAACUUCCUGAUUGCAAACACUACGUGCACCAAGAGUGCCUGUUAUCACAUUUCCGUAUUCGCGAUCAAGAAUGGGAAGUCUGCCCUGUCUGCGACAUUGCCUUGUGCCAGCGCACUCUAGCGGAUCGCAUCGAUACAGACCGCGAGGCUAUCUUUGAUAGGCAGUUCACCGAAUUCAAGAACGCCGUAAGUAUUGAAUUUCCCCAGCGCAGCGAAAUGGCCUAUUGUUGGUCAGAUGAAGAGGUUGCUGCAACGCAGCUUCGGCUCUUGAAAGACUACGUCGAUGUCCAUGCAGAAGAGCUUUUUCGGACCUGGAGAUCUAAGCGCACGGAGCCUGAUUGGUUUGCGAUGGUGGUCAAGCCUGUUGUCGAAUUGUUUCGUGGAUGGAAUAUUCCUACACGGCGGAGCAAAUACUUUGCUGACCGUGAGGCUUUCCUCAAAGUCAUCGUUUGGGCGGAGCUAGUACGGUUGAUGAAUACUACGCGCGCCGCUGUUAGACAUCGUCAUGGCGAGGGUGAACCGUUUCCGCAGUUGACAGGAUUGCAUCGUUGGUUCAUGCGUACGAAGGGGCGGUAUGAGGACGAGAAGAAGAAGUGGCGUAAGGAUCGCAAUGGUGUUCUGCUCUGCGAUAUGAUCCAAGAUGAAGCCACUACACCCUCUGGCCUUCCCAACUCCGAGCUCCCAAACCAGAAAGAGUUUCUUGCUCACGAAAUCGUACCGAGUCGUGAUGAUACUGUACUACCACCCGCCGAGACCGCAUGCGGCGUUUGUCUCGAAGAACUCACGGAGCCCGUAUCUCACUCCAACAUCACCACGGUUGACGAAAGUGAAGUAGUCUUCCUAGACCCCUGUCAGCACUUCUUCCACCGAGCCUGCAUUGUCAACUGGCAUACCAGUACUCGACCAGAGCGCGACACAUGCCCGAUAUGUCGUCGCGUACUUUUCCAGGCUGACGCUCUCACCACCGAACAAAUACAGCAUUUGGUUGAAGACAUCUAUCAUGACCAUGGGGUACGACCUCUCGGGCCAUAUCGGGAGCCCGGACCGAACGAGCGAUUGGUGGAAUGGGGGCAAUACGUUUUGGCGUCGGAAGCAGAGCGCGCUGUUCGUCAAGAAAUAAACCGUGUCGUCACCUCAGGCGGUCAGCAUGAUUGGAUGAAGGUUUGCAGAGAACUACGAGAUUCCAUGCUCGGCAUCAAUGGGACGCUUCGUCCUGCUUUCGAACCUUACCGUGACACGGUCGUCCUCCGGCUACACGCCAUUCCAAUGUUCUUCGCCAUCACUGCUUACGACGAUGCGAUCCAGAAGCGUGCAUUUCGAAAGUUCUAUUACUGGUUCUCUCAGGUGAACAACACAAGAGCUGAGGUCGAGUUGUAUAACCAAGUAGCGUUGGACGGCUUAUACGUGUUGGAUGUCCGUCUCGUUGCUACAGUCUCGGCCGAAUGGUUGCAAUCGCAGUGUGAUAAGGUAGAGAAGUUCGCACGCAUAGCAACGGAUUUGGAGGAACGGAGAGAUGCGCGUUCGAUCCGUGGGCUCAGGGAACGCAUUACCACGUGGGUUACGCGCGGUCUGUUUGGCGUCUUAGCCAGACACCGUUUUGAUGUCGACGAGAGUAGCAUCCGAAGGGACGUUGGAACUCGCAGUGACUGA